CUGCGUGGGAAGUUCAUCUUUUAUCAGUACAUUUUAUACCCUGUUCUUUGAUUACGAACGCGAGUACGUCGAGAUUGUAGAUGCGAUGAACGUAACAUCGUUGAUUUACAAUCAAAAGUUGCCCUACUACAGUUGGCUUCCAUGGGAUGCAAAAAAGUCUCGGUUAAAUUACGCGGCUGCAGCUAUUUUUCAAAACGGCGCUGUUUUAUGUUCCGCUUUCAUUAUAGUCGGAUUCGAUACUCUAUUCACUGGAAUUGUGGGAUACACGAGUUGCCAGAUUAAGAUUCUGCAGGGAGCUUUCAGGACGGUCCGAGAAAGAGUUCUGCGGAAGAUGAACGUGCCAAACGUGCCUUUGGUUAAGGACCCGCCUGAAAUUGAAGCUGAGAUUAUGAAGGAGCUGAAGAGUUGCAUGAGAUCGCUUCAAGUAAUAUUCAAUAUGUGCGAAAAGCUGGAGUCUAUUUUCACUUACAUCACCUUGGGUCAGGUUCUCAUCUCGCUCGUCGUGUUUUGUACAUGCUUGUACCUAACAUCAACACUCAGCUUGUCGGAUCCCAAGUUUUUCGUAGAAUUUAUUUAUUUGGUUGCAGUCGAAAUUCAAAUAUACAUUUACUGUUAUUUCGGUAAUAAAGUCACUUUAAGGGGAGAAGAUGUACCAUUGUCAAUAUAUGAAAGCGAUUGGUUCGCAUUAAGCGAGGAUUACAAACGGAGUAUGCUGAUAACGAUGACGCGGAUGAGGAAACCCAUUUAUUUGACUAUAGGCAAAUUCUCGCCGCUGACUUUAUCAACGUUCGUAACGAUCGGCCGUGCAUCUUAUUCCUUCUUCGCCGUGCUGAAAAAUUCGAAUUAGUUUCUCGCAACUCGCAAGUACAAGUUCAAGUCUCGAACUUGUGCCAGACUGUCACGGUCAGGACACCGUCGGGCGAUUACGCCGCAAAGCCACGGAUUGCGGAAGUGCACACGUCAAAUGGCCGUUUCUACUUAUGUUAUUCCUCUCUAAUGACAGUUUACCUGUAACCACAAAUAUACUAAAUUACGAACGUCAAUGCACUCGGCCUUUUUCCACGUUUUACUCUCUUUCUCUCUAUAGUUCCUCGUUUCUUUUCCUUUUCUCCUCUUUCGUAAUAUGCAUAAAACCUAAAGUAACUGUUUUUUUUUCUUCUUUUCUUCUGAUUUCCAUUAUUUCAA